GUCGCCUGCAGCUGGCAGUGCGGCGGGCGCGGGCGCCGGAGCGAGCGGCCCGCGGGGCCGGCUAUUAAUAACGCAGCGGCCGAGCCCGGGGUCGCGCAGCCAUGGCUAGCCCCGAGCCCCGGCGAGGCGGGGACAGCACCGCCCAGGCCGCGAGGGAAACAAGAGCAGAGGCUAAUUCUCCUCUUGAAGAGAACUUUGAAUCCCUGAGCGAGGCAGAGACCUUGGACCCAGAAGUUACUCUAUCUUUGGAGGGGACCUUGAACCUAGAAGACAUUCUCUACCUGGAUGACACAGGUGACUUUGACGAGGCACUCUGUGUGGAAGAGACUGAGAAGCCAGAGGAGACGCUGUACAUCGAGGAGACCAGGCAGCCAGGUGAUGAGACGGUGUACGCGGAGGGGCCCGGGAACGCAGAGGAGACGCUGUACGUGGAGGGAACUGUGGAGCCAGAAGAGGUACAGUUUGUGGAGGAGCCCGUGGAGCUGGGAAAGCCCACGAGCCCAGAGCAGACUGUUUAUGGGGGAAAGAUGGUCACAAGGGAGGAGAAGCCUAACCCUGAGGAGAGCCUCAGAGCCGAGCCGAGCCCCAGCACGGAGGAGAACCUGAGCAUAGAGGACCUGGAAUUGCUGGAGGGGCGAUUCCAGCAGUGUGUCCAAGCCGUGGCCCAGCUGGAAGAGGAGAGGGAUCAGCUCAUCCACGAGCUCGUGUUGCUCCGGGAACCGGCCCUGCAGGAGGUGCAACGGGUCCAUCAGGACAUCCUGGCUGCCUACAAGCUGCAUGCCCAGGCAGAGCUGGAGCGGGACGGGCUGAGGGAGGAGAUCCGGCUGGUCAAGCAGAAGCUGUUCAAGGUGACGAAGGAGUGUGUGGCCUACCAAUACCAGCUGGAGUGCCGCCAGCAGGACGUGGCUCAGUUCGCCGAAUUCCGGGAAGUGCUGACUACGCGGGCAGCGCAGCUCUCGGAGGAGCUGGCCCAGCUGCGGGAGGCCUAUCAGAAGCAGAAGGACCAGCUGCGGCGACAACUAGAAGCGCCCCCAAGUCAGAGCGAUGGGCACUUUCUCCAGGAAAGCCGGCGACUCUCUGCCCAGUUUGAAAACCUCAUGGCAGAGAGCCGCCAGGGGCUGGAGGAGGAGUAUGAGCCUCAGCUACUGCGACUCCUAGAAAGGAAAGAAGCUGGGACCAAAGCUCUGCAGAAAACCCAGGCGGAGGUCCAGGAGAUGAAGGAGGCUCUGAGACCCUUGCAAGCAGAGGCCCGGCAGCUUCAACUGCAAAACAGGAACCUGGAGGACCAGAUCGCACUUGUGAGGCAAAAACGAGACGAAGAGGUUCAGCAAUACAGGGAACAGCUGGAGGAAAUGGAAGAACGAAAGAGGCAGUUAAGAAGUGGAGUGCAACUCCAGCAACAGAAGAAUAAAGAGAUGGAGCAGCUAAGGAUCAGUCUUGCUGAAGAGCUCUCAACUUAUAAGGGCUGUUUAGAAAUAUAUGGCCAAAUCUGUAACCCAGAAACAACAAAAAAAAACUUCUUAGCAAAGGAUCACUAAGUGCCCUUUGGACAUACUUUCUUCCAGACAAAGGAGUGCCAGAGACUUGGCAAGCAAUUCAUCUUGUGAAAGCUGCAGAUACUGGCUGACUCGCUUAAACAGAUUCUGGAGUUGGCUGGAGGCAGAACACCAGUCAACGCUAGCUGGAUUCUAUGUCAUAUGCUGCUGGUACUGAUCUCAAUGCACUGAGGAAAGGAAAAAUGAGCCUCCUGUCUUCCAGCAGCAGUCCUCACAUAUACGCUGAGUAAAGGAUGAAUGUAUGGACACAACCUGCAGUAUUAUGAAAAAUGUAUCUUGCCUUGUCAUGACCCGAACUAAAAACAUUUUUGGAGGAGGGCAGGUGGGGUCAAAAAGGCAGCCAGUUUUCAUUACAUGGGUUUACAAUUUGAAUUCUUUUGUGCCCUGAGUGUUAGAUUUUAAAUGAAUCCUUUUACAAAAUUUACUUUUUCUUAAAGGCCAUGCUGACUCAGUUUACUCUUAAAAUUGUGUCAAGAUAAUUUUCGCUAUACUCUAAAACUAGACUUGGAGAUAAGGAACCAAUCCAGAUUUGAACCUAAUGGUUAAGGCUAUUCCGAUUUGCCCCAAAGAUCUUACCUCAUGAUUUUGGGUCAGACUGAUCUACUUGGUUAAAAAAAAAAAACCAAAAACACAAACUGUUUGGAAAGAAUCAGUCAUUUUAUCUGGUUAUGGCAGUUGGUGAUAAAGGCUUUCAGAGCCUAUUAUUUCUAACCUCUAAGUACAGGCCCCAGUGAAAAAUAUACUGGGGAGAUUCAACCUCUCUCUGAGAAAAGGUUCAGGCACCUUUUCCAAAUUUAAAUUUUGCCUUAAAUUCUCUCUACCACACUGCCUUUGACACAUUUGAAAAAUCCAUGUAGUUCUCUAGGGAUAGACUUCAAAAACAUGUUAUUUUAUCAAAGACUAAUCCAUGCCACCUCUGAUUCAGUGUUUUAUGUCUUUCACUUUCCCUGGGAAGGAGUAAAGCUCUUUUCUAUAGCUCUGGGUCUGUUAUAUUUAAUUCUGCUUCUCACAAUCAAAGACCAUGGAAAAUAACUGUCAUUUGAACUCCUUCAAGAAGCCAGACUGGUGUUUGAUGGAUGUUAUAUACUAAAUAAAACCCAUCAGCAUGGGGUUAUGUAGAAAAGCAAUUUAUUCCAUUUUAAGCACUUACACAGUUAGUCAUGGAGAGUAACAGGCCUGCUGGUGAAACAGGUCACCCAAAAUGGAGAUGGCAUCAAACUAGUGGUCAAGGACUAACUCCUAAAAAAAAAGCAACUCUUAUCAAGGAUUAAUUUAAUUUUAAAAACAAAUACAAGUUAUUGAUUCACUCUUCUCAACUUGACAGUCUACCUGUGGUAACUGUCAGGUAAAAACAUACAUCUUUACAACUUGGUGGUCCCAAGUUUAAAAAAACAAAACAAAAACCAUUUCACAGAAAGGAAAGAAACAAUAUGAAAACAGCUCAAGAAAUACACUAACGAGCAAAAAUAUAUGGGGAAAGAGGAACGUGUAGUUUUGACUUAACUGAAGAAACUGAGACUGGUCUACAUAGGAAAAUGUGUAUCCUGGAAAGUCAGGUGUGAAGAUUCUAGAGUAGGAAUCUAUGACUUGAAUCUCCCCUAUUUCCUGAAUAAAAAUGAAACCUUGCAAUAUUUAUAC